GAAUCCCAGCCUCCCUCUCUAGAUAUCCAUCCCACACCUCUCCGCCCGCAAACGGCUCCUACGGUGAGAAAAAAAAAAAGAGAGAACAGAACAGUUUCAAACACGUCGACAUAAAUAUCACUACUCUAGCUCCCUUUUCCCCCCUUGCCCUCCCGACGGACUUCAGCACUUUUAUACAUUCAGCGCGCCAAUGCCAGAGACCACGCAGAAACGACGGAUUUUUUCCUCUUGAGCAUGAGAAGGAUUGCCAAAUCAUCCGCAAUCCAACAUCACCGAGUGAGCCACCAGCAUGAGCCCUGGAUACAUAUGCUCCAGCAGAAGUUGUUGGCUAGAGAACUAAGAAAUCUUGGAGCACAAAUACAGCAAAGAGGGGAGAGUCAGUUUUAGGUCUCCACAUAAUGGAGCGAGAAUGAACAGAGAGCGGCUUAAGAAAAAGCAUGAACUGGAGGUUUAUUGAGGUCAUCUGCUUCCUGUUUAUAUGGGACCAUAUAACAGUUCAGUCUACCCGCCAGGACCUGUUGGCUGCUGAACAACAUGUCACCAAGCAAUAUGACUGGCUCAUCUCUGACCGUGGACCUUUCCACCACUCUCGGAGCUAUCUGUCCUUUGUGGAAAGAUUCCGCCAAGGAUUUACAACCAGAUAUAAAAUUUAUAGGGAAUUUGCACGUUGGAAGGUGAGAAAUACUGCUAUCGAGAGAAGGGACCUCAUCCGGAACCCCGUGCCACUCAUGCCUGAGUUCCAGCGCAGCGUACGCUUGCUGGGCCGAAGACCCACCACUCAGCAGUUUAUUGAUACUAUCAUUAAGAAAUAUGGAACCCACAUUCUCAUCUCAGCCACCCUAGGAGGGGAAGAGGCUCUGACCAUGUAUCUGGCCAAGAACAAGCUGGACAGAAAGCUGGUUAAUGCUACGCAGAAUGUGGAAGCCCUCCAUCAGCUGGCAUCAUCCUACUUUAUUGACCGUGAUGGUACAAUGAGGAAGUUGCAUGAGAUCCAGAUCUCCACAAAUGCCAUCAAGGUGACAGAGACACGGACAGGGCCGCUGGGAUGCAGCAGCUAUGACAAUUUGGACUCAGUUAGCUCGAUCCUCCUGCAGAGCCCUGAGAGCAAGCUUCAUCUGCAAGGCCUUCAGGUCAUAUUCCCAGAAUACCUGCAGGAGAAAUUUGUCCAGUCAGCUCUGAGCUACAUCAUGUGCAACGGAGAGGGUGAAUAUGUGUGCCACAACAACCAGUGCAUCUGUCAGUGUGCUGAUGACUAUCCCCAGUGCAACUGUCCCAUCACUGACAUCCAGAUCAUGGAAAACACCCUGCUGGUGAUGUCUGAGUCCUGGGCAGCCUCUUAUAAAGAUUUUGAAAACUCUGAUGAGUUCAAGUCAUUCCUGAAGAGACUCCCGUCCACUCAUUUUUUGCCCAUCAGCAGUGUGCAUCUUUUGUGGGGCAGCGACUGGGACCUGCAGGCCCGUUACAGACUCCUUCAGAGUUCCCUGGAGAUCCAGCGGCUCAAAAUCCAGCGCACCGCCCGCAAGCUAUUCAGCCUCAGCAUCCGCUGUCUUCACAAUCCCAGCCACCAAAUGCCAAGAGAGAGAUCUGUGAUGCAGUGGCUCAACAGGGUUCAGUCCUUCCUGUAUUGCAAUGAGAAUGGGUUCUGGGGGACCUUCCUGGAGAGCCAAAAGGCAUGUGUGUGCCACACAGGUGCAACUCUGUGUCAGCGACCCAUCCCGUGUGUCAUAGGCGGCAACAACAGCUGUGCCAUGUGUAGCCUGGCCAACAUCUCACAAUGUGGCUCCUGCAACAAAGGCUACAAGUUGUACCGUGGCCGCUGUGAGCCGCAGAAUGUGGACUCAGAACGCAGCGAGCAGUUCAUCAGUUUUGAAACUGAUCUGGACUUUCAGGACCUGGAGCUGAAAUACUUGCUGCAGAAAAUGGAUUCACGGUUGUACAUACACACCACUUUCAUCAGCAACGAGAUCCGACUGGAGACAUUCUUUGACCCACGAUGGCGCAAGCGUAUGUCCCUGACUCUGAAAAGUAACAAAAAUCGGAUGGACUACCUCCACAUGAUCAUCGGUUUGUCAAUGAAAAUCUGUCAGAUGCGAAACAGCAGCAUUGAUCCCAUGUUCUUUGUUUAUGUUAACCCAUUCAGUGGCAGCCACUCAGAAGGCUGGAGCAUGCCCUUUGGUGAACACGGUUACCCACGAUGGGAAAAAGUUCGACUGCAGAACUCACAGUGCUUCAACUGGACUCUCCUGCUGGGUAACAGGUGGAAGACCUUCUUUGAGACUGUGCACAUUUACCUGCGCAGCCGUGCUAAGGUUCCGACUGGCCUCCGUAAUGACACGGGACAGGGUCCAGUGGAUCUCGCAGACCCCAACAAGCGGCAGAUCUACAUAAAGAUCUCCGAUAUCCAGGUGUUUGGUUACAGCCUGCGGUUUAACGCUGACCUGCUGCGAAGCGCCGUGCAGCAGGUUAACCAGUCAUAUACACAAGGAACUCAGUUCUACUCGUCCUCAUCUGUGAUGCUACUGCUGCUGGACAUUAGGGAUCGGAUUAAUCGCUUAGCCCCCCCUUCUGCACCCGGCAAACCACAGCUGGACCUUUUCUCUUGUAUGCUGAAGCAUAGGCUGAAGCUCAACAACAGCGAGAUGAUUCGAGUGAACCAUGCCUUGGACAUGUACAGCACAGAAAUACUCAAACAAUCAGACCACCUGACUGCAAAACUUUGUUGAGUAAAACAUUAAUGUUAAGGACGGUAAGCAACAGAGAAACACCCAACUAAUUAACUAUGAGGGGAUGUUAGUCUUAUUUUUUCUCUUUUCUUUUUUGACCUUUUCUGCCUUUUGAUGUAAUAUUAACUUUGUAAGUAUAAUUCUUAAAAAAGAGAAAGAGGCAGUGAUGAAAAGCUUUUCUGGCAGAUAAAAAAAAAAAAAAAAAAGAUCAAUGGAAACACUGUAUGGACUGUAUCAUACUUGUCCCAGCAUGUCUGUAAUUCCCUUAAAGAACCUUAAAAAGAGAAAGUGAAAAAAAAACAAGUAUAUCUAUGUACUGGAUGAAAAGGAGGCCUUGAUUAUAACAUAAGGGAUCAAAGGUUGCAUCUGAUACUGCCAUUCUUUCUUGAGGAAAAAAAGAUUACAUUUUUAAAGGUACAGAAAACACAAUGGCAGACCAGAUAUAAGUUUAUUUCACCUACUGGGCAAAGUAUUUCAAACAUAACAAACAGUUUAGUAUUAAAAUGUUUAUACAUUGUAAGAAAUUUAAAGCUCUAGUGAGUAAGUAGUCAUCACAUUUCUUACGUUUCAGAACCCACAGUGAAUCUGCAUUGCUUUUAGAAAGGUAUUUAACACUGUCAUUGUUCUGAUACACGAGGCACACAGCAGGGCAGUAAUGGAUAGUCAUGUUGAAAACAAAAGCCAGCUGUUUAUAUAUACAUAUGUGUGGGUGAAUGUAUGCGAGUGUGUCUGUAAACCUCUUCUUUUUUUUUUUUUUGGCUUAACGCUUAACGCCGUUUGUUAAUUGAAUGUGUCACUUGAGACUGACCCAAGUCUCUGCUGAAUCUUGCAUUUUGAACGCUUUUCUCCCCCACCGUGUAUGAAAUUCCAGCUGUGUGUGUUUUUUUUUUUUUUGGUUUUUUUUCACAAGGCAGUAUACCUCCUGGUGCGUGAAUGCAAUAUUGUGGUCUGAAGAUUAUAACAAUCAAUGCUAUUUUGUACAGCUUUGCAAAAUGUACAUGUUGUGAUUGCUGAUCUGUGGAGCUUUUCAGCACUGAGAGCAAAAUGUAAACAUUCAUCAUUCAGCCACAUUUGCAAGACAACCUAAAGCCAUACACUUCCCUGAGGUAGACAUACAGUAAGUCAUGAAGUUCACCCUGUACCUGUUCCAUUUAUAUGUCUUUGUUCAACUCUCUCAGAAGAUUUCAGACAAGAGCACAGCAAAAAGGAAUAUGAUGAGUGGAGACAUAACAUGUUGAGUGAAAUUGUGUCGUUAAAGCCAUUGAACUUGUAUUUUGUGCUGCAGGAAAAAAGAAGAAAAUCUUAUAUUAAAGCUUAUAAUACCUUU